AACUCGUGUUGCAUAAUGACCUCAUUUUGAGUUUCAUUUUCCCCUAACGUGUCGUGAUUCCCCGUUUUGACAGGACAGAAUGCCUGUCCUGUACCGGAAGAAGGGCAUGUGCUCUGACAUGCAAGUUGUGGAAAGAGGAACUUCGUACUCUCUCUGUCUCUGAAAUGUUUUUCGAGGCAUAUUUAAGCGUAGUUGAAGUGCGGUGACCCUGGUGAAUGUCAUUUGCUCUUACCAGCUUGCCAGGAUGCGUUUAUUUCUCAGUUUGAUAGUUGUUUCGGCGUUGCAGAAAUGGACCCAGGCGCAAAUACCCAGGAAAGCGGUGGCAUCGGUGGCCGAAGGUGACGCUCAUCUGUUCUCCGGUGGUUCGCUACUACUGACCUGUGACGUGCCAGAGGACCCAUCACCACUUUGGACGUUCGAAUGGUUCUUUAACGGCAAACCACUGGCUUCGGGCAUGUCGUAUCAGAUUUGGAAAGCCCGAGUACUUCAAAGUGGUAACUACACCUGUAUGGCUGUCAGGGAGACAGAGUUGAACCCGACGGGGAUCCUUGAGACGCAGCUCAGCGCCCCAUUACGCGUAGACAUUGACGGUGGGUGGAUUAUCCUGGAAGCACCCAGCAAACCAAUGAUCAUGGAGGAGACGAUGUCCCUGACGUGCCGCAUUCGAGGACAUCGUCGAACUGAAGUCAUUUUCUACCUGAAUGGCAGAGAGAUUUGGAGACAGAGGAACAGGACGCUGACUUUGCACCACCUCACUUUAGAGCAUGGAGGGCAAUACUCCUGCAGGGCCACGUGGGAAGUGCAGGGAUUGUACCAUUCGGCCGAGUCCACCGGUGUAGCAGUGACUGUCCUAGAAAUACUGACCACACCACAGCUGCUUGCGAGCACAAUUCAAGGAAGGCAGAAGAAAAGGGACUUGAAGCUGACCUGUGUAACAGAGGUCAACACCAGAGAGUCUGCGGCCGCUCUGAUCCACUACUACUUCCUGAAGAACGACAUGCCACUGGGCCCAGCCACGUCGUACGGCACCUUCAUCAUCCCAGACGUGAGCGCCGAGGAUAGUGGCCAGUACAGCUGCAGGGUCUCUGUGCCCAUGCUGCGCAGAAUGAGUUGGAGCACCAAGGAGCAGGUGGACAUCCCAAGAAGCCGCUAAACAUGGAGGAGAGUACAGCACAUUACCGCUAAACAUGGAGGACAUUACAGCACAUUACCGCUAAACAUGGAGGACAUUACAGCACAUUACCGCUAAACAUGGAGGACAUUACAGCACAUUACCGCUAAACAUGGAGGACAUUACAGCACAUUACCGUUUCAUUACAGCACAUUACCGCUAAACAUGGAGGACAUUACAGCACAUUACCGCUAAACAUGGAGGACAUUACAGCACAUUACCGUUUCAUUACAGCACAUUACCGCUAAACAUGGAGGACAUUACAGCACAUUACAGUUCGAUUGAUUCAUUUAGUAGACAGUUUUAUCAAAAGUAGCUUUUAGUAGAAUGUAGAUUCAUGUUUUCAUCUCAUUUCAUGUGUGUGUGUGUGUGUGUGUGUGUGCGUGUGUGUGCGUGUGUGUGUGUGUGUGUGUGCAUGCUCGCUCGCUCGCUCUGAGAGUAUCAAACCCAUGAGUCUGGUGGUGUUGUUAGUGUGGCUCCGCAGGUUCAGCUACAUGGUAGUGUAGUGGGUACGGAGCCCAAGGGUUUACAUGCAGUAGCCUGAACAGUGUUUCCCACAGAAUUGAAUUACAUUUGUGGUGGUUGGUUUGCAGAAUUAACUUGAAUGCAACAGUUUUUAACAAAUUGGCACAGCGUGGUUAUGAUGCUAUCCAGAUUUAAGCACAAUGUAGUACAACCUGGAAAAUCAUUGUGUGGUGGUCAAUGUUGAUAUCGUGGUGGGCCGCCACAAAUAAGUCAAUGUAACCUAACACUGCUGAAACCAGGCAAGUUGAGCUCUUAAGGCACUUAACCCUGAGUUGCUCCAGGGAGUCUGGCUCUGCAAUGAAUUGGCAUGGAAGUGGCUUUGGAUAAAAGCAUCAGCCAAUUGAGUGAAGGUAACGUCAUCUCUGCAGCGCACGGUGUGGCAUGUGGUACCACCAUGUAACCAUUUCUGCCAUCUUAAAGCUGUUCCACAAAUGCAGGUUGUAAGUUAAGAGGUCAUAACUGUGUUUUGUAUUUUUUGAGUAUUCACAUGUUCUUUGUUGUCAUAUUUGUCACACAUUUUAAACAUCAAGUUAUGAGUGAAUAUUUAUUGAUGGAAAUGGUUAGUAAAUGUAUAAAAAAGACCCUAACUGUUGAGGAAUGUGGAAAUCAUAAGGGAAUAAAGAGUUUCAUGUA